UCAGAACUGGUUUUGCUUCUUCCAUUGAUCUACAAACUGUGAAUAACCAUGGACAGUGCAAGUGAAUACUUAUUUAAAUUUAAGGGAUAUAAUUUUGAGAAAUGUUUUGUGAACAUUCAGCAUUUAGAAACAAUGGAAGAUUUUGAAAUUAGAGAUGAUGAUGUCUUCCUAGUCACGUAUCCAAAAUCUGGUACCAUCUGGACUCAGCAGAUCCUCAGCUUGAUUUAUUUUGAGGGCCACCGAAACAGGACUGAAAACGUGCAAACAGUGGACAGAGCACCGUUCUUUGAGUACAAUAUUCACAAUUUAGACUAUGUCAAAAUGCCGUCACCACGUAUCUUCACUUCCCACCUUGCAUAUUACUUAGUACCAAAAGGUCUCAAGAAGAAAAAGGCUAAAAUUCUUUAUAUUUACAGAAAUCCCAAAGAUGUUUUGAUCUCGUUUUUUCAUUUUUCAAACUGGGUGGUUUCCUUAGAAGCUACAGACACCAUAGAACAUUAUCUGGAAAAAUUUCUAGAUGGAAAAGUUGUAGGAAGCUGUUGGUUUGAUCACAUCCGGGGCUGGUAUGAACACAGACAUGACUUCAAUAUUAUGUUCCUAAGCUAUGAAGAUAUGAAGAAGGACCUCAGGAAGUCGGUGAUUAAAAUCUGCAGUUUUCUGGAGAAAAAACUGAGUGAAAAGGAUGUAGAUGCUGUUGUGAGACAAGCUACAUUUCAGAACAUGAAAUCUGACCCACGAGCAAAUUAUGAUAAUAUUAUAAAAAACGAAAUCGGGGAGAGAAACAAAGGCUAUUUCUUGCGCAAAGGUACCAUUGGAGACUGGAAACAUCAUUUAACCGUGCAGCAGAAUGAAAGAUUUGACAUGAUAUUCAAGAGGAACAUGAAAAAUUUUCCCUUGAAGUUUGUCUGGGAUGUAAAUGAAGAAUAGAAUUCUACUGUUAGUAUAAAAGAAACAUAAAAGUCAAUUAAGCAGAAGGCCUAUUUUUAUAUCAAUAUUGAUAUGUUUCUGUAUCUUAAUCAUUAAAUGCCAAACUUUAUUAAGGAACAAAAUGAGUAAACUAUGCUUGGAUAAAUUGUAAUAAGUUUAAUGAAUGAUUUCAAAUUUCGAAAUUAAAUUAUUUUGGUUCUAGUUAGCAUUGGUACUGUGCACUAAAAGCAUAAAACAUAGUGCUUUGUGAUGUAGAAAAAUCACUGCAAAGAGUUCUCUGUAGUAGACAAUUUUUCUUCAUCUUCUAUGAUGAAAUUUUGCAUCAAGAACUCUGGAGAAAUGGCUUAUCCUGUAGAGGACUCUGGUUAAAUUCCCAGCACCAACAUGGCAGCUCACAAUUAUCUAUAACUCCAGUCCAUGUGAUCAAACCCUCUCAUACAGACAUGAGUAUGGGCAGAACACCAAUGGAAAUAAAAAUUAAUUUUUUUGUAUCAAAAAACAUCUUCCCAUUCACACAAUGAAUCUUCAACUUUUACUGAUUCAAGAAAAUGGGAGAGCGAUAUUAGAAUUUUUAAUUUGGAAAAUUAUAACCAAGCAUUGAAUAAAAAUCAGAAUUGACAAGAAUCAGAAAAGAGGGAAAACUUAAAAAGGUCUAAACUUUUAGCUGAUUAUUUUUGUUGUUUGAUGGCUUUAUACUUAUAUACAAUGAAUCAUUAUUACUAUUUUUACCAACAUUUGUGGAUAAUGCACUUAAGAUUUUCUUUUGCCCUUACAUAUAAUGUAAUUGAUACUGUGAACUAAAUUUUAAUCUAGUGACUGGGGAAAUAUCUAGGGCAUACUUAAAUGUCUCCAAAGUCUGUCCUAGUGAAUUAAAUGCAUGUGAAUUUAUUAACCCAGUUUUAAAAUAGUAACAACAGACUCACACCUAAGAGCUGAGCACACAGCAGUUACUAUGUCCCUGAGAAUGGGAACCUGAGCAGCCAGUGUGCUUCCUCAAUGGCUCUCACUAGGUGUGGAGAGUGAGGUGACAACCAUUAGUUGUUCAAUCACAGGGCUGGGUGCCUCAGCAGUCCCUAUCUGCCGGUAGAAGCCUGGAAGGUCCCUGGAGACCUGCUGGUCUCUAUUCUACAGCAAAAGCUUGAAAACACUGAUUCUGACAUCAGGAAAGGGAUCAACAGUAACAGCAGCAACAGGACAAAUCGCCAGGGUGGUGAGAAGGAAGAACACGAGAACAAAUGGAGGGAAGCUCUUCCUUCUGCCACACUCUUUUAUCUGGACUACUAUUGGGGAGGGUCUUUUCACAUCAACCAAGGCAGGGCACUUAUUUAGGGGAGGCUGUCUACUUAGAUAUUCUGAUUUAUGGCACGUUGAUGUUAAAACCAACCAUAAUAUGUUCUAUUCUUUUUUUUUUAAAGAACAUAAACACAUAAAAUAUUUAUUUAACAGUGAACAAAUGUAAAAUGAAUUAAAAUUAAUUUAUGU